CUUAACGUAUGCUUUCCAUACACGUCCAUGAAAUAUAUUAUCUAUUCAACUUUGCACGACCCGACUAUUCUUCUUUUGCCUAGAGAACAUUAAACCCACUGUACGAUCCUUCUUGGAAAUAGGUUUAGAGCAAUCAAUAGAGGAACAGUAAGUAUGGUUGAGGAGCAUUCAUGUUGACAAGCCUACUCUUCGACGGUGUCUCACACUGUUAUGACACACGUAUAGCAACGGUCGGGGCAGUCACACACAACAUAUUCAUACCCUGACAUAUUCACAGAUGUUGUCAACUGAUGGGUAAAGUCAAGAUCUAUCCGGAGGCAGGUGCGACGUCUGACGUCGAGAAGCAGAAACUAGCUGCAGGCAGUGGAAUUAAUCUGGAGACCAUCCAGGAUGACCAGCAACUCAUUGAGACAAUCAGAUCCCGUCCGAUCUCCAUCAGGGACAAGAUCAAGCUCAAAGAUGCGCUGUGUUCCGGGUCGGUCGGGCUCUCCACGUGCGAGUCAUGGCGGUACAGUAUGGCCAGGUCAAGGCAGAAGUUCAACAUAAAGGCAAAGGAAGCGAUCAGUACCAUUGAGUUAUGGGGCAGCUCGUUUCACAACAUAGAAGGUCACCAUGGUACGGGGGUAUUAUCCUACUUCGUGUUCCUGAGGUGGAUGUUUGGCUUGAAUAUCCUCCUGUUCCUUCUGAUGUUUGGCUUCAUCACUGUGCCCACUAUCCUCCAGCCUGCCAUCGACUACACCGCCAGCAGCACCGACACCGCAGUGUCGCAGUCGUACAGCUGCACACAAACCUACAAGGAAACCGCCACGACUGACGUCGUACAGUUCAUGCUGCACGUCAUCCAGGGGACGGGGUACAUGGAGAAGACACACCUCUUCUACGGCUUCUAUUCGGGAACCCAGUUCCUGCGAGGAACAGGCACAGCAUCGACCUUUCCGUACAACAUCCCACUGGCUUACUUCAUCACCUCUGCCGCGUGUCUGGUAGUCAGUCUUCUCCUCAUGGCCAAGUACACUGCGAAGGGCUUGUGGGACUUCGUGAUGGACGAGCACGACUCCGGCCACGACUUCUGCAGCAAGGUGUUCUGCAGCUGGGACUACUCCCUCAACGACGACCACACGGCGACUGCAAAGUACAAAAGUAUUAGCUAUGAUUUCAAAUGUGACCUAGCCGAGGACCGCUACAGGAGGCAACAAGCUCGGAUACAGGACAGUUGUUGUAAGCGAUGCGGCCUCUACACCCUCCGCUUCCUGGUCAACGUCUUUGUCAUCGCUUGUCUCGCAGGAGGAGGGGCAGCCAUCUUUUUUGCAACAAAAUGGUCAACUGAAUUCGUGUCCGCUAACCCGUCCGCCGAAAGCUACGUGCUGCUGCUGGUGGAGUUCCUGCCGUCCCUCACCAUCACCGUCCUCAACGUCAUCAUCCCCCUCAUCUUCGACAAGGUCGUCUUGCUUGAGAAGUACUCCCAGGCUGUGGUCGUGCAGAUCACCCUUAUCAGGACUGUGUUUCUGCGUCUGGCCUCCCUGGCUAUGCUGAUAGUGUCCUUGUACACUGAGAUCCAGUGUGAUAACAGAGACAGCUGUGGGACCAAUAUUCUACCUUGUACAGUCAUUCCGUGUUGGGAGACGUACGUGGGACAACAGAUGUACAAGUUGGUCAUCAUGAACUUCCUGGUAACCGUCAUCAAGGUGUUCCUGGUCGAGCUCCCGAGAAAGUUCAUCGUCACCAAGUGUGGGGACAAGUCCAAGCUGCUUCAGAUGAUCGGCCCUCCGGAAUUCCAGAUUCCCCCGAAUGUCCUUGACCUCGUGUACACACAAGCUAUCUGCUGGAUCGGCUUCUUCUACGCCCCUCUGAUACCGGCGCUCAUCAUCGUCCACAUGUUUGUGGUGUUCUAUGUUAAGAGGUUAUCUGCCCUGAAGGCGUGUGAGCCGUCCAAGAGGCCGUACCGAGCGUCUCGCUCCAACUCCUUCUUCAUGGUGGUGCUCUUCCUGGCCUUCUUCGUCUGCUGCAUCCCCGUCAUCUACACCAUGGCCGCUUUAAGUCCUUCAAAAGGAUGUGGCCCGUUCAGGAUCUACGCCUCAAUGUUCACGGUGAUCGACGAAACAGUCCAAGGUUUCCCCGCUGUUGUGGAGUCUAUUUACAACGUCCUCACGUCGGCCGCCAUCACGACUUCGGCCAUAGUUCUGCUCGGGUUGUCGUUGUAUUAUUGCUCGGUGAUAAAGAGGGCACACAUAAAGAUGAAGAAACUGUUGCAGCACCAGCUCACACACAAUGGAAAAGACAAGGAUGUAGAACGUGCAAGAUCACGCUGGGGUCCGCGUGCAGUCAGAGGUGGAAGGUCGGCUGAACCGGUCAGCGAGAAGGUGAAAAAGCAGACUCCUAACUUUAGCGACAUAGACAAGUCUCACAGCAAUGGUGCAGCUCCAUCUGAUAGACAUGCCUAACAGCAACGACACGGCUCCAUCUGAUAGACAUGCCUAACAGCAAUGACACGGCUCCAUCUGAUAGACAACUCUAACAGCAAUGACACGGCUCCGUCUGAUAGACAACUCUAACAGCAAUGACACGGCUCCAUCUGAUAGACAUGUCUAACAGCAAUGACACGGCUCCAUCUGAUAGACAACUCUAACAGCAAUGACACGGCUCCGUCUGAUAGACGUGCCUAACAGCAAUGACACGGCUCCAUCUGAGAGACAACUCUAAAAGCAAUGACACGGCUCCGUCUGAUAGACAUGUCUAACAGCAAUGACACGGCUCCAUCUGAUAGACAUGUCUAACAGCAAUGACACGGCUCCGUCUGAUAGACAUGUCUAACAGCAAUGACACGGCUCCGUCUGAUAGACAUGCCUAACAGCAAUGACACGGCUCCAUCUGAUAGACAACUCUAACAGCAAUGACACGGCUCCAUCUGAUAGACAUGCCUAACAGCAAUGACACGGCUCCAUCUGAUAGACAACUCUAACAGCAAUGACACGGCUCCAUCUGAUAGACAUGUCUAACAGCAAUGACACGGCUCCAUCUGAUAGACAUCUCUAAUAGUAAUGCCAGUUCCUGUCUACAUGACUGUGACAACCGUUGCAGAACGACGUGUUGAACGUCCAUCUUACUCGUCAGCAUCUUGCUGAUCUGCGCUGUACAGCCAUACUGUGAUAGAUAUUACAUGUCGUAAGAUAUUAUAUGUGUAUUUAUACCAAGAGAUUAUAGAAAUAGUUAUUUUGCUAUAUCUGUGAUAUACAUUAUACAGCAUUCAGGGUGCUUGCAGGUGUUGGGGUGACGUUGGAUGGGGAGGAGGGGGGAAGUAGUUGGAGAAACAGCUAAAUAAAUUAAAUGUGCAUGAGUAGCGAAAUGAUUAGGAUGAACAUUUGCUUCAGAGAACAUUAUAAAUGCCCAGGUACCCACUAUAAGACACAUUUGGUAAGUUGACAUAUCGGUGUAUCAUUUGUCGUACUUAGGUUGUGAUUUAUUACCUUCUAGGAAGUCUUGCAAAGUUAUCCUUCAAGUUAUCCUUGUAUUGUCAUUGGCCAAGUAUCAAAAUCCAACAUUGUUCUGGCGAAUGAUAUAAUUACCUGCUAUAAAGUCACCUUAUAUAAAGUCCAGGUAUGUUUAUGAUAUUUAUUCUUUGUUAAAUGAUGUCAUAAUUAAACACGCCCUCCAUGACGGUGUCUGUCCUGUCUUUCCUGAA